AUGUACGCGCUCCAAGCGUCUCAGUGCCUGCGCACCCCGGCUCGGCCGGGCCUGGCCGCGCCCAUGCUGCCCAGGCGCGUGGCCGGCGUGCGGAUGCGGCCCGCUCGCCUCGUCAUGACCGAGGCGAAGAAGAAGAAGAAGAAGAAGGCCGCGAGCGUCGAUGUCGCGGACGAGCCGCCCUCGGAGGCGCCCCAGGCCAACGGCGCUGCCGAGAGCAACGGCAACGGCGCCAACGGCGCGAACGGAACCAACGGAGCCAACGGCGCCGCUGCGGGCGAGAUCGGCGACAACGACGACUCGAUGCGCAUGGCGGACGGCCUGGUGGGGUCGACGAGCGGCAUCCGUCUGGCGAACAUUUCGAAGACGUUCAAGAACACGCAGGUGCUCAAGGACGUGUCGUGGGAGGUGAAGAAGGGCGAGCGCGUGGGGCUGGUGGGGUACAACGGCGCGGGCAAGACCACUCAGCUGCAGAUCAUCAUGGGCAACAUCGAGCCCGACGGCGGCGAGAUCAUGCGCGCGAAGAAGAACAUGAAGGUGGCGUACCUCAAGCAGGAGUUCGACGUCGACGGUUCGCGCACCGUCCGGGAGGAGCUGGCGUCGGUGUUUGGGGCCAGCGUGUCGGUGCUGAAGCGGAUCGACGAGAUCACCUCUGAGCUGGAAAACAUCGGCGACGACAUGGAGAAGAUGGGGGAUCUGCUGGACGAGAUGGAGAAGCUCAACCGGAAGGCGACGGACCUGGACACAGACACGAUGGAUGCGAAGAUCGACAAGGUGAUGGCGCAGCUGGGGUUCGCGGCGGACGACAACGAGCGCCUCGUCGCGGCCUUCUCGGGCGGCUGGCAGAUGCGCAUGAUGCUCGGCAAGCUGCUCCUCCAGGACCCGGACAUCCUGCUGCUGGAUGAGCCGACGAACCACAUUGAUUUGGAGACCAUUGAGUGGCUGGAGAACUACCUGAAGGAGCAGGACAUCCCGAUGGUGAUCGUGAGCCACGACCGAGAGUUCCUCGACCAGCUGUGCACCAAGAUCGUGGAGACGGAGCGCGGGUACGCCAAGACGUACGACGGGAACUACACCGCGUACCUGGCCAAGAAGAGCGAGGACUACGCGCAGCAGAUGGUGGCGUACGAGAAGGAGCAGAAGGAGAUCAAGAAGCUGCGGGAGAUGAUCCAGAAGCUGAGCGCGGGCGCGCAGUCGGGGCGCGCGGAGCAGGCGAAGAAGCAGCUGGAGCGGAUGAAGAAGGACGGGCUCGUGGAGAAGCCGUGGGAGGAGAAGCGGCGGCGGUUCGAGUUCCCCGUGACCGAGGAGCGCUGCGGGCAGGUGGUCGUGGAGUGCCUCGAGCUCACGAAGAAGUACGACAGCAAGCAGCUCUUUGAGAACGUCGACCUCGUGCUGCAGCGCGGGGAGCGCGUGGCCAUCCUCGGACCCAACGGAGCCGGCAAGUCGACCUUCCUGAAGCUGAUCCGCGGGCUGGAGAAGCCGAACAACGGCAUCGCGCGGCUCGGCCCGCACAACAUCGUUCCGAACUACUUCGAGCAGAACCAGGCCGAGGCGCUCGAGCUGGACCUGACCGUGCUCAAGACGCUGCAGCUGGCGGCGCCCGACGCGGACCUGGACGCCAUCAAGGCGCUCCUCGGACAGAUGAUGUUCUCUGGGAAGGCCAUGGAGAAGAAGGUGUCGGUGCUGUCGGGCGGCGAGAAGGCGCGGCUGGCGCUGGCCAAGUUCAUGCUGACGCCGGCCACGCUGCUGAUCCUGGACGAGCCGACGAACCACCUCGACAUUCCGUCGAAGGAGAUGCUGGAGCACGCGCUCAAGUCGUUCGACGGGGCGGUCCUGGCGGUGAGCCACGACCGGUACUUCCUGCGGCAGAUCUCGACGCGCGUCAUCGAGAUCAAGGACGGGGACUUCAAGGACUACGAGGCGGACUACUCGGAGUACCUGGAGAUGAACGAGGAGGCGGCGGCGAAGGAGGAGGAGCGGGCGGCGGCGCGCCUCGCGGUGGAGCGCAGCAACAUCAAGGCCAAGAGCAAGAUGAGCAAAGCGCAGAAGAAACUCGCGGCGAAGAAGAAGUGA